AUGAGCGCAGACGUAGGCAGCCUGCUCGUCCCUCCUCCUUUUACUUUGGAUAUUUCCCUUACUUCUACCAUCUCCAGCACUUGCGGUGUGACUGACCUUACCGCAAAGCUGGAUGAGUGUCGUUGCUUUGCUACGUCACCCCCGGAUGAACCGAAUGUCACUGUGGACCCCCUGACCGCCCCUGAAGAAAGUACGCUCAUGCCCCAGCCCCCCUCUUCUGCAUCACCAUCACCAUCACCACCACCACCCGACCCUCCACCAGUGCCCCUGGGUAGAACUCGAAAACGGGUUCGAAAGCGCAAAAGACGACGAAGACAGCAGAAAGUCUAA